GAUUCUGGUGAUGGGGAAGCAGAAUACAGUGAUGAGGCUUCCCAGACUAGAGGAGGGAAGGAGCGAAUCCUGCUGGAGGGUUGUGCUCAGGUGUGUUUGGCUUGCAGCCAGGUAGCCAGGAGAAAAGCUGCAUCUGCAUGAGGAGAGAAGCCCAAGGACGGUCCCUUUCUGCUCCCGUCACAUCUUCCUCUCCUCCCUCCGGCUGUGUCUCCCAAACCCAGCCCUCCUCCACUUUGUGCCCCAACCUUGAACCUGAGUGUUUGAUUUGGAACAGGAAGACAGAGGCUGACGUGGACCACUUAAAGUCCAGGUUUCUACCUCAGUCCCACCUCCUGAGCCUGGUUUGACCAUUGCCUGCACCCAACUUCCACUCCCUGCCAACCCUCUCUCCUUGGCUGCUUGUCUUGAAUUUACCCAUCAUGCCAUCACCCAGAAGGACCACCCAGAGCUAGGAACCUCCAGAGACUGAAAGAGGCAUUGAGCACCCAGGUACUGUCUGUCUAUCUUGAAUUCUGCAUUCCGCAUUCCGAUUGAAGAGGCUGAGGACAACCAGGAGUUUUAGAGAUGUUCAUCUUCAUUUUUCUGUCCUUGUGGACUCUUCUGGCGAUGGGUAGGGAGGAAGGUGGUGCUGGGAGUGAGGAGGGAGUUGGGAAGCAAUGUCAUCCCAGCCUGCCUCCCCGCUGCCCCUCCGGAUCCCCCAGUGACCAGCCCUGGACACACCCUGACCAGAGUCAGCUGUUUGCAGACCUGAGCCGAGAAGAGCUGACAACUGUGAUGAGCUUCCUGACCCAGCAGCUGGGGCCAGACCUGGUGGAUGCAGCCCAGGCCCGACCCUCAGACAACUGUGUCUUCUCAGUAGAACUUCAGCUCCCCCCCAAGGCUGCAGCCCUGGCCCACCUGGACAGGGGGAGCCCCCCACCUGCCCGGGAGGCACUGGCCAUCGUCUUCUUUGGCGGACAACCCCAGCCCAAUGUGACUGAGCUGGUGGUGGGGCCUCUGCCCCAGCCCUCCUACAUGCGGGAUGUGACCGUGGAGCGUCAUGGCGGCCCCCUGCCUUAUCACCGACGCCCUGUGCUUCUCCGAGAGUACCUGGACAUAGACCAGAUGAUCUUUGACAGAAAGCUGCCCCAGGCUGCUGGUGUCCUGCACCACUGCUGCUCCUACAAACAAGGAGGAAGGAACCUGGUGACCAUGAACUCAGCUCCCCGUGGAGUGCAGUCAGGGGACAGGGCCACCUGGUUUGGCCUCUACUACAACAUUUCUGGUGCUGGGUUCUUCCUGCACCCUGUGGGGUUGGAGCUGCUGGUAGACCACAAGGCUCUGGACCCUGCCCAGUGGACCAUCCAGAAGGUAUUCUUUCAAGGUCGCUAUUAUGAGAGUCUGGCCCAGCUGGAGGAGCAGUUUGAGGCUGGCCAGGUGAAUGUGGUGGUGAUCCCAGACAAUGGCACAGGUGGGUCCUGGUCCCUGAAGUCCCAGGUGCCCCCAGGUCUGGCUCCCCCUCUGCAGUUCCAUCCUCAGGGGCCCCGCUUCAGGGUCCAGGGCAAUCGAGUGUCCUCCUCAUUGUGGACUUUCUCCUUUGGCCUCGGAGGUUUCAGUGGUCCUAGGAUCUUUGACAUCCGCUUCCAGGGGGAGAGAAUUGCAUAUGAAGUCAGUGUCCAGGAGGCCUUGGCCAUCUAUGGUGGAAAUUCUCCUUUUGCCUUGAGAGGCCGGUAUGCAGACGCCAACUUUGGUUUGGGGUACUUUUCCACGCCCCUGAGCCGUGGGGUGGACUGUCCCUAUCUGGCUACCUACAUGGACUGGCACUUCCUUCUGGAGUCCCAAGCCCCCAAAACACUACGAGACGCCUUUUGUGUGUUUGAGGAGAACAAUGGCCUGCCCCUAAGGCGACACCAUUCAGAUUUUCAUUCCCACUAUUUUGGAGGCGUUGUGCAGACAGUGCUGGUCUUCAGGUCUGUGUCCACGAUGCUCAACUAUGACUAUGUGUGGGAUAUGGUCUUCCACCCCAAUGGGGCCAUAGAAGUCAAAUUCCAUGCCACAGGCUACAUCAGCUCAGUGUUUCUCUUUGGUGCUGCCCAAAGAUAUGGAAACCAGGUCCGGGAGAACACACUGGGCACCGUCCACACCCACAGUGCCCACUACAAGGUGGAUCUAGAUGUGGGAGGACUGGAGAACUGGGUCUGGGCUGAAGACAUGGCUUUUGUCCCCACGGUGGUACCCUGGAGCCCCGAACACCAGAUACAGAGGCUGCAAGUGACCCGGAAGCAGCUGGAGACUGAGGAGCAGGCUGCCUUCCCCCUGGGAGGGCCCUCCCCUCGCUACCUGUACCUGGCCAGCAACCAGAGCAACAAGUGGGGGCACCCUCGGGGCUACCGCAUCCAGACAGUCAGCUUUGCUGGGGGGCCGCUGCCCCAGAACAGCUCCAUGGAGAGAGCCUUCAGCUGGGCAAGGUACCAGCUGGCCGUGACCCAGCGGAAGGAGGGGGAGCCCAGCAGCACCAGCAUCUAUAAUUUGAACGACCCCUGGAGCCCCACCCUGGACUUCAGUGACUUCAUCAACAAUGAGACCAUUGCUGGGCAAGACUUGGUGGCCUGGGUGACAGCCGGUUUCCUGCACAUCCCACAUGCAGAGGAUAUUCCCAACACGGUGACAGUGGGGAACGGUGUGGGCUUCUUCUUGCGACCCUACAACUUCUUUGACCAGGAGCCCUCCAUGGAUUCUGCUGACUCCAUCUACUUCCGGGAAGGCCAGGAUGCUGGGUCCUGUGAGCACCCUGAAUCUGUGAUGCCUGAGACAGGAGCUUCUCAGUUCUGCGGACCCCAACCUGCUGGGUUCCUGUCACAGAGGAAAGGAAUUGCCAGCGAGGAUUCUGGAGUCAUGGCUAUACUUUCCCCAGAAGACUACUUUUUUAAAGUUUUAAAAAAUCUUAUUCUUUAAAUAAGAUAUAAUUCAUAUACCAUGAAGUUCAUGCUUUUAACAUGUACAAUUUAAUGGGUUUUAAUAUAUUCAUAAAGUUGCAUAACCAUGACUACUAUCUAAUUCUAGAACAUUUUCAUCACCCCACAAAGAAACUCCAAAUUGUGUUAACUAUACUUUCUAUUUCCCUCCAACCCUUUUCCAAUUUUACAUAACCACUAAACCUUUCUGUCACGACAAUUGUGCCUAGAUCCUGGGAAUUUCAUAUAAAUAGAUUGAUGCAA